AUGAGAUUUUUAUUAUCUCUUUUAUCUAUAAUAUUAUUAUUAAAUGGUAUUAAUGCAAUAAAUUAUAGUGGUAAUUAUUUAAAACCACUUGAUUUUAGAUGGAUUGGUAAAUUUUGUUUUGAUCAACAAGGCGGUUCAAUUCAAGUGACAAGAUUCCAAUCAACUUCAAACACAACUAAAAUUUUAUUAUAUUCAGAUUCAAAUCCACAUUAUAAUGAAAUUUUAGAUGAUUUUGGUAAAAAUGAAAUAUCAUGUCAAGAAAAGAUUUUAUGGGCAAAUUAUACUUAUAUUAACCCAGAUAAAGUUGGUGAAAUUACAAAUUCAAAUCGUAAUUAUAAUGUUAAAAAAGUUUCACAAAGUCGUGAUCGUUUCUGGAUAAUUACAAUGGCUGAUUGUGAUCAAAAAUUCAUUGAUGAUCAUAGAAUUCCAUUUGUAUCGACCUAUACAUUUGAAGUUCAAAAUAGUGGUGAUUCAUUCGAUAGUCAAUUAUCAGCAGAACAACAAUCAAUUCCACAAGGUCAAAUCUUUUUCUUCCUUUUAUAUACUGCAUUUUUAAUUAUAUCAAUUAUCUAUUCAGUAGCUUUAAAGAAAAAAGGAUUAGAAGGUAAAGCAAUUCAUUUCUUUAUUGCAAUUUUAUUAAUAUUUUUAAUUUCACUUGCACUUUAUAUUUCAAAUUGGGCACAUAUAUUAAAAUAUCAUAAAUAUGAAUUAAGAUAUUUAAAUCUUUUUGGUAAUAUUUUUGAAAUUUUAGGUAAUGGUUUAUUUGUAGCAUUAAUUUUAAUGAUUGGCCAAGGUUGGACUACUUCAAUUUAUUUUGGAUCAUUAGUUAAACAAAUGAUAAAUAUAUUAGUUUCAAUUGCAUUGAUUGUUAUUGGGUGGGUUGCAUAUGUUUAUUAUGUUUAUCAUUCAAAGGAACAAAAUAGUUAUAUUUAUUUCAUGGAUACUUGUCCAGGUUACUUUUUAUUGGCAUUAUAUGUUGUAAUCAUUGGUUAUUUCUGUUGGGCAAAUUAUGUAAAUCGUAACAAACAAAAUGAAUCAAUUAAAAAGAAUUUUAUUUUAAUUUUUACAAUCAUCUUUGUAUUUUGGUUAAUUAGUCAUCCAUUGGUUGUAAUCGUUGCUCAUUUCAUGGAUCCAUGGGUUAAAUAUAAAGUCAUCGCUUUAUUAAAUUUAACAAUCAAUGCAAUCUUUUUCAUCAUUCUCUUAAUAAUUUUCCGUCCAUCUCAUAAUAAUAUGAUUGUUAAAAUUUUACAAUCUGAUGAUAAAUCAAAUGAUAUGAAAGAAAUUAUUGAAAAUGAAAAAUCAUAUAAUGGUGCAGAUUAA